UCUCGGGACCGCGAUUGGCCGGCCGCGAUCUUGUUUCGGUUUUGCACCUUUUUGUUUGUAAACGGCCGCCGCUGGGUCAGCUGCGAGUUCCCUCGCCGCUUUCGCUUCUUGGUGUUUUCUGCCUGCUCGCGUGCGCCUGUGUUGCGUGCGUGUGUCGUGCGUGAUCGGCAGCUCGAAAAUGCGGCGUCGGACAUCGCUAACGGCCCGAGAAUAGCCGCCGCCGCGACAGCAGCGUUCACCAUUCGGCCGUGUCCGCCUCGCAAGCCUCGGCCGAGCGUCGUCGGCCGCCUGUGGCACAGUGCAGCGCGCGAUACGGCGACCGUAGCAAUGCCGCCACCUCGGCCUCGCGGGAACAUCGCCGGUGUCGCCCGGCGGCGAUCGGCGCCUCCGCCGAACCUCCCGUGGCUCCUCGUCUGCGUGCGUCGUCGCCUACGAUGCGAGCCCGACGAGCAGCUGCAGCAGCGGCGACUCCGCGCGUGAACGCGAUGGGGAGCGAGCGUUAGGCCUAAGGAGUCGCGCGCGCGCUCACCCAACCUCGGCGGGGCGCUCCACCGCGAAACCAACGAAAACGGCGUCGUCGUCCGACUCCGUGCGUGCUUCCUGCGCGAGUGCGAAGACGGUGGCAACCGACUAGGCCUAACGCGCGUCGUCGGAAGUCCGCCGGCGCGCGCUCUCCGCGUCCGUGCCGGGGAGAGCCAGCGCAGGUGCGGCGGCCUCGAUCGGCUCCUUUCCGGCGAUCCCCUCCCUCCCGUCGGUGUUAUUGUGCAUCCGCGCGCGCUCCUGCUGCUGCCGCCGGCUCGUAGCAAGAACAGCGCGGACAGCGCAGGGCUCUCGUUGUACACUUGAGGAGCGGUGCCAGGUUGGGACGACGACCCUGAGUGUGUGUGUGCUGGAUCGGCGGCCGCAGGCGUCGCGCUGGUGGCUGGCGCGCGGCCCGCGAGCUUGCUGGUCCCGUUGGAAUGGUGGCCGCCUCACCACGGCACCGAGGCUAGAGCACAGUGGCCGCACCGUGGCACCGCGCGAGCGCCUGGCCAUGGCGUACCGCCGCAAGACGGACACUGGAGGAGGCGGCGGCGGCAACAGCCAAGCCAGCGGAUCGGCCUCUUCGGCCGCCGCGACCGGCAACGAGGAGAACCCAAACCAGAUCGUCUGCCGUAAGAUGGAGCACAUUGUGGAGCGCAUGCAGAAUGAACAGACUGGUGUGCCCGUGCGGACGGUCAAGAGCUUCAUGUCCAAGAUACCCAGCGUGUUCACCGGAGCUGAUCUGAUUGCGUGGAUGAUGAAGAACCUUGACGUCGACGACCAGACGGAAGCUCUACACCUGGCACACCUCAUGGCCUCGCAUGGCUACUUCUUCCCCAUCGAUGACCACGUGCUCACCGUCAAGGCAGACGGCACCUUUUAUCGCUUCCAGACGCCUUACUUCUGGCCCUCAAAUUGCUGGGAACCUGAAAAUACUGACUACGCCGUGUACCUGUGCAAGAGAACAAUGCAGAACAAGGCCCGCCUGGAACUGGCCGACUACGAGGCUGAGAACCUGGCCCGGCUUCAGAAGAUGUUCUCACGCAAGUGGGAGUUCAUCUUCAUGCAGGCUGAGGCCCAGGCCAAGGUUGACAAGAAAAGGGACAAGUUAGAAAGGAAAGUCCUCGACAGCCAAGAGAGGGCUUUUUGGGAUGUACAUAGGCCAGUGCCGGGCUGUGUAAAUACUACGGAAAUCGACAUUAAGAAGGCCUGCCGCAUGAACAAACCAAUCAAAAGCGCAAAGCACUUGCAGUGUGCAGUACCUGGCGGACGCAUCAGUCCCAGCGUGUCGGAAGGCGAGAUUAACACACCGCUAGAUGUUCUCAAAAAGGAGGUGGAAACGCUCAAAGCGAGGCUCGAUGGUGGCAAUGUCAAGAUCACCGCAGCUCUUGAAACGUACAAAUCGUAUUACGAAAAGCACGCAGAGUACGAUGGCUUCUGUAUGCCGCUUGAGCCUUCCAACCCCUGGAUCUCGGACAGCACUGAGUUCUGGGAAGUGGAAAAGCAGACAACCAAUGUGCCACCGCGUCGGGUGCGUCGCUGGAAGAACUCCCUGCAGGAGCUGCUCCGGGACCCUGCGGGUCGGGAGCACUUCAUCCAGUUUCUCGAGAAGGAGUUUAGCCUCGAGAACCUUAGGUUCUGGGAGGCUGUGCAAGAACUGAAGCAAAUUCAUCUGAAAGAUGUCCCCAUCAAAGUACAAGAGAUAUGGAACGAGUACCUGGCUCCUGAUGCCAACUGUCCCAUCAACAUCGACUCGAGAAGCUACGAGAUCACCAAGGUCAACAUGCAGAAUCCUGACCGGUGGACGUUCGACGAAGCUGCCUGGCACGUCUACUUCGUGAUGAGGAACGACAGCUAUAGACGAUACACCAAUUCUGCCAUGUACAUGGAUUAUGCUAACGGCACUAAGAAGAAGACCUCCGUGAAGGGGCUCCGCUCUGUGAUAUCGUUCACGGCCAAGAAGGACCCGGGUCCAUCCUCCUCCUAGCUUGCCCGCCGCCAUGGCUGCCUUGCGCAUGCCAAAGUAGACUGUUCAUACCCAAGCUGCCCAGUCUUAGUAUAGGAUCGUGAGAGGAAAAACGAGCCAACGCCCCUUGUCUGCUUGCUCCGCGCCGUUCUGCUCCCGACGAACAACCGCCACCAGCCAACAGCAAAAACCACCACAAGUUAGACCCCCAACUGCUGUAAGGUCAGGCCGUCAACGACACUGUGUGCGGAGACAUGCCAUCAGCAACGGCCAUGACGAACCGAACUCUUCUUAUUUUUCUUCUUCUACUUCUUGCCACCAAUACCACUUCGAAGAGGAAACCAAAUGGGUCUGCCACAGUCCCCAUCUUCGUAGUGGGUGGUGGCCCCAUGUCGCCAGCAAAGAAGGACUCUCGAAACCGUAAACGCCGUCGGACAGGAGAAGGCUGUUGACCAGUCAUCCAGUGUGCCACGCUUCCGGACGCAUUGACCACAACGCAACGGUGAUGCACGCCGAGGGUGUCCAUUGUGCGGGACGUUGCUUUUCGUUUGCGUUCCCUCGGGAAAGGUGAAGCCACAAUUGCUCCUUGAUUCUCCUUAUCGACGUCUCUGUCCCUCUCUCUUGUGUAGUUUUCUACUGCUGCUCCGUGUCCUGAGUUUCCCCUGUGCGCGUCCGUAAUGCGGACGGUGACAAAGUGUUGCCAGAGGAGCCUGCAAGCGUUACCGGCAAUAUGUGUGAUAGGUUUGAUGGGCAGGCAUUCCAUUCGAUGGCCACAACUCGCGAGGCAUGCAUUGUGCAAAAGUCAUUCCCCAUGGAUAGCCUCAUCUGUGCAUACAAUGCAAAUGUCAUCACUGUUGGAUUGCUGUCUGCAUAAAAGCAAGUACAGUCGGCUUGGGGUAAUACAAACUCGGAUAACCCAAAAUUCUAGUUUGUUCAAAGAAAAAUAAUGAUUUUGUUUGGCCUACUACGUUUUCAAUGCAAAUUAAGCUUCUUUCAUUAUUAAUAUUUGUUUUUAAUUCUGGCAGCUCAAACUUUCAAGCCUCCCAGAGCAACAGGGCAGUGGGGUCAUAGACAGCCGACAGGAGGGCAUUCAUAAUGCAUCAGUAACGAAAACAUGCUCAUGUUUGGCGUUCAGGCUGCUGUGUACGGUAACAGACUUCACUAUGAGAUGGCUCCACUGACACAGUUGCUUCCCUGCAGCUCUGACAUACGGAAUGUGCAUCUGUGGGGACUGCCUCCUUUUUGUCUUCUUUUUCAAUGUAAUCUAUUAAAGGGGCUCUGAAACAGUUUUCUAACUAAUUGUAGAAUGGCUCCACUAUUAAGGGAUGAAUCUUUUGCCGAUUACCUCAUGAAUCUCCUGCCACAAACAUUUUUCAAAUCCUUCAAGUGGAGUUGGAUGUAGUUAUUGCACCGAUGUGCGGGUUCUCUCUUCUUUCGUCUCCACUAAUGUGCUGGAAGCUACACAGAGGAGAUUCGGCAAGCGGGCAAGCCCUGCCCUAAAUUUGGACAUCUUCAUUUAGUUCUUUUUUUCUUCUUAUUUACAAUACUACUUCCAAGUCAAGCAUGUGUGUCACUCUCUCGACGCGUGAUAGGUGCUCUGGCACCCUAAUCUACUUUGCCUGCAAAUACCAAUCAGCAUAGUCUCGCCGAUAAAAAGGCUCGUUGCGGCACCCUAUGGUGGCCAUGGCAUCUACACUACGCGGCACGUCGGUGUGAUCUCUGAGGCCACACACAGCAAAUGCAGCUAUGCGCAUCUGUUGUGGGUAGAGCGGACGUGCAAAGAUGAAGUGCUUGCUUUGUCGUUUUGAGAUCACAGACAUACAUAUGUUUCACGUAUUUAACUCAACAUUAGCAAUAAUAGUAUUGCUGAGAAGGUACUCGUGAUCACGAAACCCACUAAUACCGGUUGGUUGGCAGCUGGGCUGCUUGCGACGUAGCUGCUGACAACAUUGUGAAGGAGAGAGCAAGCAAUGUUUUACUGUUCUUGACACAAGGCUGUCAAUUUUCUGCUGCAUGUAGCGAAAUAAUAUUUAGCUCACACGUCCACAGGAGCCUCGUCUACAGAUCGGAAAUGUUUUCUUGCUACAUUCAAAAAGUCUUUCAGGACCCCUUUAAUGUCUGCACAUGAUUUCAUUUAGGAGGCAUAAAAUUGCGUUUUUGUGCUUACAUGUUCAUAUCAGAGCUCCACAUUUGGAACAUCUUUUAAUUCAACUUAAAAUUAUUCCAACUUUCAAUAACUCCAACAAAAAUGGAUAGUUCUUACGGGUUUGAAUUAGAAAAAGUCGACUGUAUUGCUUCGACAUCCGCGAGCACACUAGCGGAUGCAAUUUCGGCAAGGGUCACAGUUGUAAUGGAGAAACUGGGAGUAUUCAUGCUGUGAUCUUCCACCCUCAUGGACAGGUUGUUUCAGGGGUGGCAUUUACAAGUUGUCAACUCAUGCAGAAAACGUCCGUCGCACUGCGUGCAUGCUGUACCGGCGUGUGUCGAUCACCUGAACGGCGCCUGUGCAGCUCACUCUCAAGUGCGACACAACCCAACGAGGAGAACAGUUGUGACAACUCAAAUGGGAUGUGUUUGUUAAUGUGCUAGGAACCGAAGUGCUGUAAUAGUUAGUAUCCAAUCUGCAGUUAUUGAAAGCUUCCAGAUACCUUAAGCUUACGUUGCACCAAUAAAGACUCGAGUAGCUGACUCCACUGCUAAGUCGACGGACAGCAGCAUAAAAGGAGCACCACCGCAGCUCCUUCUCAUCGUAACUGCCCGUAAACAUGCAUCGUAGCAGACUUCUUGAAUCAAUAUCAACACCUAGAAUUCAGUCAGACGAGAGCACGUCAUACUGCACUGCGGCUUCUGGUACGCUGCCCUUUAUUUAGUGCGUAGGAUGAACAUUGAAUUAGCGUGGGCCUGUUUUUACCACUUAGGAUGUCACUGGGACAUAAGCCAAUCAAAAUAUAUCGAAACACAGGAAGUUAUCAUUACAGCGUGCUACAUCACCUGUUGGAGAUCUCCCCCUCCUAAAAAAAGGCUGUUUCGUACAACCAACUAUGGUGGAUGGGUGCAAUUCAACAGUCUACUCCAAUUUUAAUCAUUCUGUUCAUUUUGUUUUGCGCACCAGCCAGAGAGCUCCAGUCUAACGAGAUCAAAUGGUUUCGUGUUGCUAACCUAAUAGGUCCUCCUUGGUUCCACUUGGCUUUAGUUUUCGGUUUUCCGUGCAGACUAACUGGAUCCGUUGAUUCUCUUCAGUGUAGGUAAAGACAGAAUAUAUUUGAAAUGGAAUGCAUGCUCUAUGAGCUAUGCAGGCCCAGAAGUUGUUGAAUGUUAUUGUCGACCAUCUCUACCAGUGUAUCUUGGAAUCUGCCUUGAAAUUGAAUUUGAAAUGUACUGUGUUCUUGCUCAGUGAUUGGUUUGCUAGGCCAUCUGCCAUUGCAAGAGACUCAUGGCGCGGUUGUAAGAGAGGUAAAUUGUGUUGAGUAGUUUGGACAGCACUGAAUUGCAUAGUUAGCUGCACUGCGGACUUGAAGGUCUGCUGUUCCAUGCAUGGAACAGCAGACUUUAAGGCCCCCCCCCUUGAAGAGGGGGGGGCCUGCAGGGCCUGCAUCCAUGCAGCCCCCCCCCCUUUCCCGCUCCUUGAAAAGAAACCCAAGGCACCAUUUAUGCGAGAGGUCGCACCUUGAAACUUGUCCCCACACUAAGGUCAUUUUUGUGCAACUGUUUUUUAUUAGGAUGCCAUGAUUAGAUCAGAUCCGAGAAGCACCUGUUUAUCGCGUUUUUGUCCUGCUAUCAGAGCUUUUGUUUGCCACCACUACAUCGAAAAAAAGGAUUUUCCCUCAUUUUACUCUAUUUGAGCCAUUUUUAUGCAGAAGAAUUUGCUGUAAGUUAUCUGUCUGGAUCCUUGCUUACAUUCGACCGUAGUGCAUAUUUGCCAACUUUUACUAUCGUAUAAAAAAAUUUCAGGUUUUUAUAGCUUGAUUAUAAUUGUUGUAUUGGCAGCAAUAAUUUACCAACUUUCUUGCUUGUGCCUAGCUUAGGGCAAAACUUAUUCUGAAAGAAUACAAAUACAGUCGCUGAACGAUUAUUUAUAGCCUGGUUUUUAGGAGCCACUGGUGGUACAGACCUAACCGUGCAAUAGUGACACUAACUUACAGAACUAUCAUAUAAUGGCAACCAAAAUUUCGGCCACCAUUACGCAGAUUCUUCAUGAAUACAUUUAAUAAACAUUUUUCACGCAUAUCUGGCUGUGAAUAUAUGAAGAAGAGUUUCUAUUGUCAGCAUCCCUACAGAGCAAAGCCUGUAAAGCUUCAAUGAACAGUCAACAUCUUUAGUAGCAAAAGCAUUUGUCUUUACCUAAUUUUAUUGUUUCUUGGCUGUAACUGUAGUAUUCUUUAUGUUCUUAGGUUGACAGGUCUGGUAGCAUAUCUUUUUGUUGACAAUCACGCAGGCACUGUCAAAACCUGAAGUCAUGCAAGUCUGAUGCUAGAAUGUCAAGGCAGCAUUGCUACUUGUCCUUAGUUCUUUCUCGGUGUCGUCAGUCUGCUCAUGGUGAGGCAUGUGGUAUUCCACAGUCAUAUUCUUAGUGACCUAGCUUACAAAAUGGUUUUUGCACUACAAGACGCAGACAAAAAAGGGAGGGGGGAGUACAGGACACACGUCUUCUAGCACGAAAACCAUUUCGCAAUGCAUAACCAACUCACCCAGAUCACCAAUUUGACUGAUCCAGCUUAAACUUAAUCUUUUGUGACUCCAUAAACAAAAAGAACGCCAGAGCUUACAAAUCAAGUGGUGGCAAAGCCGCAUCAGACUAGGACUCUUUCUUAGUUUUAUUUAACAAAACACACGAGGAAAAUAUGGAUAGUUCUGCAGUGCUUCGAUGUCGACAGCAAGCAUAGUCCCAAAAAAGUGUUGUAGUGAAAAUUUGUAAAUUUAUUGAAAUCGUGCACAAAUCAAGGAAACAGGUGAAACCAAUAUUAACUGUCUUGCAUUAAGCUGUCUGGAUCUGUUCUGUCAUCUGCUCCUAUAGUUAUCCUGUUUAAAUGGUCUUCAUAGAAGAAACAAAUAAGAAGCUACAACUUACAAAUCUGCAAAUACUCUGGGCAUGUCCGUGAAGAGGCUGGGUGUGUCUCGGCUUAUAGUUAAAGCGCAAUUAAUUUACUCAUUAAAUAAUAUACACAAAAUUAGAAAUGGAGCAGGCUGAAUAACGCGCAGAAAGUGUUGACUAGAAGCUGAUUUUUUAAGCUGUGUGCUAAAUGAACUAGACAGAAACAACGAACAUUGCAAUCUAGUUACAUUGAUAUACCUUAAUGUUCCCAUGGUGCCUUGAACUGGGGACUGAAAAUUCUCUAGCAAGCCACUCACGGAAAGCCUCCCGAGAGGAACAGUGACAUGUUGCUCCUUAAGUGAACACGUGUUAAUGUGUACAUGUACGGUCAACAGCAAAAGUUUACGGGAUGCGGUUUCCCCUUCAAAUGUGAAUUCCUGCACUAUUAAGGCACGACACUUUGUAUUUAAUGAAUCGCUGUGUCUGUGGCGAAGGUUACUACAUGCCGGAACAUUUACUUCGAGGCUGUGUGACCGCGCUUCACGAGCAUUCAGGUUCUUGGCAGAUCCUGCGUCCCGUAAACUUUUGCGGUUGACUGUACCUGGCUGCAUGGUGCAUCUUGGCCUUGAAUCUAAUGAUGGACCAAAUUGAUUUUAUCGGGCCCCAUCAAAUUGCAUCACUAUCCAGCAGGCGGUAGUACGACUACAAUAAAGUGCACUCAUGUUAGCGUGAACUCAGUAACUUAUGUCUUUUCGCCCCCCUUUUUUUUCUUCUUGGUAUUUAGCCGUGUAUGGCAGAAAGCUGCAAUAAGGAGGUAGCUUGCCAAUGCUAAUGAGUUGGAUUCUGGUCCUCAGAUAGCAAGCUAAUUUGACGCCAUGCUUGUGGGCAAACUUUGUCUGCUGUUUUAUGCACAGGCUCAUAAAUGGGGGGCCAAUCAUCCUUCUAUAGCGACUACCCAAGGGGUUUUUGGAAUCGCCAGCGGGUUAAAGGCAAGCUUAUUUAGGUGUAAUAUCGCUACUGCGAAGCAGCUUGUUAGACUUGUUGACUGACAGGCUCUUUCCUUUCUCCAGGGCACACCGUGAUCAUCACGCACAUCUCCCUAGCCCGUUGUGUUUGGUCACACCCUUCCGCCCGUGUUUUGUGAAGAAGAAAAAAAAAAACCGCGUACUUUUCACAGCGCGCCUCCAAGUUGUCGCAGCACGUUCUAGCUUUCUUGUGUGCACAGUUUCGUCCCGUGGUGAUGUGGAACCUCUGGUGACAACCGUGAGUUGGCGCAGCGACUGCGAACUUGUUCACUUCGCUGUGACGUAGCAGAGAUUUCUUGCUGUCUGCAGUCCUUGUGACAUCCAGGUGAUAAUGCGCAUACUCACAUAUGAUGCACCGGAGCAGUUUUUUUUUCCUUCCUUUGGCUUGGCUUCUUACUUCUUCCGACAUAGUGAUGAAGAGCAGUUCACGUGAGACAAAGAAAAAAAAAAUCUGAUGCAGAAGUAUGUUUUAGGACUAGCAUAAUCCUGUACAUAGAACGACGCGUGCAUAUCAGUAGCUGACAUGACAUGAGGAACCCAGAAAAUAGAAUUUACCCACUGCAAGCCGUUUUUGAGCAUCAACUGCGAGCAGGGUGGCCAAACACAUCUUAUUGGUGUGAGGAGACGAAAAAGUGGUGAACGCCAGGACGUUUAAAAGAAAAAGCAUCUCUGAAAGCAGGAAUUGUAUCCAGUCUUUUUCUUUUGUGUGUGUGUUUUAGCACUGUGUCAGUCUGCUGGCCCAGUAUUGUGUUUACAUGCACAGUCAACGCAGUUUUACUAAGUUCAUGCUUUUACUACACUAUAAUGUGUGAAACGAGAAUACUAACCAACAUAGUAUAUUAGUUAGCGACCGACAUAAGUAUGUUGGUAAAUUAAGCAGAAUAGUAUGUUGAUUAGUAACAAACAUACUAUGUUGGUAUGCUAAACGACAGUAUAUUGGUUAGUGACCAGCAUACUAUGUUGUAAUUCUAACCGAUGUACUAUAUUGGUUAUAGUAAUCAACUAGUAACAAACAAACCAUUGGUUUAAACAGUAUAUUUAGUCCGGCUGUGUUUACAAGAACUAGCUCAUACUGUGCGAGUUCUAGCUUGCCUGUGUUUGAACUGGCUUUUGUUAAGUUUAGUCUUGUGUUCCAAAGAAUCACAUUUUGCUUAAUUGAGUUUAUCUUUUAUCGCUAGGGCUCGAACUUGGCGUUCGCUAUGUCGAUACUACAGCUUGCCUGUGAUGCGUCUAGUCAUUUACUUGAGCACCAAGAACUCCAGCAAGUUACUGUGAAACGGCAGUUUUUUACUUUCCUUUUCUUUAUUGUUGUUCAGGAGGCCAGAUAUAUUUACAGGUUUUGUUUAAAUGUUAAGUACUCCGGAAACAUAUUUAUAACUGCUAUCCACUCAUUUUUAUAAGUUCUCUGCUAUGUCUUGGCAGGUAUUUUGUUCCCACAACAUAGUCAGUGGUCUGGGCUGCAUAUAGUCGUGACCUUAAUCUUACACGAAGUCACAGCCUGAUCUGUUUUGACAGUUAUUCAUGAUUUCAUGUUUGUAGAUGCAUACGAGUGUGCAGGACCAAAAAAUUGGAAGUGUUAUGUUUUCGCACAUUUAUUGCUAUUUUUUCUUGUUUUAUAGAACAGUUGAAUAGGCCCCUUUGGCUCCAGGAAUGAGCUCGAUCACCGUCUCAAGUUUUGAAUGAAGGACAGGAAAACACUGUCUAGUCGGAGAUGGGAUCUGAACAUAGAUGGCAGACAGGCCAAAAUGAACGAGGUGUUUGUUUUACUGCUGCACUGCCUAUAAAUAUGAACUUAUGCCGACCUCCUUUAAUUAAACAUUCCACUUUGUUUCACUGUUCUAACAUAUUCAUUGUGCAUUGGAUGUACUUUUUCUCAGUGAUGCUUGAUUCUUCACCAAUUUUCCGUGCUGGUAUCAAGCCACGAUGUGGUUGUGUCUUUAUUUUGCAUAUUGACGUUGAUUUAAAUCACUUUCGUCAUGCGUCUAAAUUGUGUGUUGUCUCCUAGUUUCUGAUCAGUGUGCAUGUGUACGCUUUCCACGAACUUAAGAAAUGCAAUACUUGACGCUACGUACUGUUUUGUCAGCAUAUGGUACUCAGCAAAAUGCGUGCACCAAUUCCAUUUGCAUUGCAGUUUCAAUGACCGAGUGUUUGUUAUGCGCAGUGAUAAAAUUGUGACUGAUGAAUGUUACAGUCUGUCUUGAACUGAAAUUUUUUGCAUGGUGAUACAUGAAAAAGGUUAGAUUGGCCGCUUUCAUUAAUUUUAUUUCCUUUCACAUUUCUGCUUUCUAAGCUUGGCACCCUUAUAGUUAACGUAUAUACAUAAAUGUACAUACAUUAAAAAAACACAUAUAUGCAUACCUAAAAAAACCAUAGUUUACCAGGCCUUAGCAGAAAAGGGAGAAGAAAUAUAUAUGUAAUUAAGAGGAAGUGUUUGUAAACUGCCUUUUGACUGCGUAUGUGUUCUUGAUUUCCUAUGAGAACGGACUAGUGUGUAACAUACGUGUUAAUUAAAACAAGUUUGUUAACUCUA